ACCUCUGCUGCAGCUGCUCUCAUAAGUCAACACUCUCUUAACAGCCUCAUACCUUUUCAGUUGCUCGAUUAGUCGCUGGAUAUUGAGGCGAGAACAUGUCGAAAACCGGAUCUUCAACAUAUGUGUGUUUGUUUUUUGCCUGCUACUUGUGUUGCAACAAAGCUCUGCCGACUAAACUCAACCAGGUGGCUAUGAACGACAGACCUGUGAUCGGUAUUUUGACUCAGAUAGUUUCAGAUGAAGCCAUGAAACCCUUCGGGAGGACCUACAUACCUUCCUCCUAUGUGAAAUUCAUUGAGUCUGGGGGCAGCAGAGUGAUGCCUAUCAGAUUGACUCUUAACACCACUGAAUAUGAAGAAAUCUUCAGGAAUAUCAACGGCUUGCUUCUCAUCGGGGGAUCAGCAGAUUUGAAGACAUCAGACUUUGCCAGGGUGGCGAAGAUCUUUUACAGACUCGCUCUGACGGCCAAUGAUGAAGGGGACUUCUUCCCCAUCUGGGGUACAUGCAUGGGCAUGCAGCUGCUGACUGUGCUGGUGGCCGGAGAAAAUCUGCUGGAAGCCACCACAGCUGAGAACAUAGCGCUGCCCCUCGACCUAACCCCAGAGGCCGGCUCUAGUAGGAUGUUUGAGGGUUUCCCCUACAGUCUCAUGAAGGCUUUGACCCAAGAACCACUCACUGGCAAUUUUCACCACUAUGGACUUGCAGUGAAGACCUUCAAGGAAAAUGAGAAGCUGCAGAGCUUCUUCUCCCUGCUGUCUACAAACGUUGCAGAGAACGGAGUCCACUUUGCAUCAACCAUAGAAGGUAAAACAUAUCCCUUCUAUGGAGUACAGUGGCACCCGGAGGUGAAUCGUUUUCAGUGGAAGAGGAAGCGGAACUAUCCUCACUCUGCUCAUGCUGUUCAGCUUUCUUCUCUGCUGGCUGAGUUCUUUGUCAACGAAGGAAGGAGAAGUCUACAUCAGUUUAACAAUCCUGAGGAAGAGGCCUCGUCACUGAUUUACAAUGACACGCCCGUCUACGCUGGAAACUUCACAGGAUAUGAACAGAUCUAUUUCUUCUGAAAUCCUCGAGCAGCUCUAGUCUGUGUGUCACUCUGCAUGUACAACACAGCACUUUAUAUACAGUCUCGGGGGGGUUUUAGACAAAGCUAGUCUGCUAAAGAAAUAAUUGUACAUGCUGUUAUUGUGCUUAUUUGCAUAUACAAGCUUUUUUAUUGUCAUUUUGGAGAUGAAGCUCUAUGUAGUAGAACAUCUGGCUGGAUCUUUAGGGUCAAUUUGUAAUAAAAGAAGUGAAAACCUCUAGAAAAAGAUAGAAAGUUGACUUAUGACUGUUUUUACUGGACUUGCAUACGCCUAAAUAAAUUAGAGCUUAAUAAAAUGACAAAAAAACCCAAAUGAAUUACUUGCAUAUGAGUGCUGCAGGGGUGACGCAUUCUUGACUGUUUCCUUAUUUACUCACAUAAACAUAUGGAUAUGUUUAAGUUUAUCUCUGGUGUCUCAUUGUUUCUUUUUCCUGUCACUUAGAGCUAUAAUCUUUUAUAUGCGCUUUCAUUUACCACGCUUUACU